AUGGAGAGCGGUAUACCGGGUAGACUCGAUGGGUCCGAGAUUCACGGGUUUCGUACCAUGGCAGAUUUGGACAUGGGUGAUAUAAUGGAGGAAGCCAAGACCAGAUGGCUCAGACCAAAUGAGAUUCAUGCGAUUUUGUGUAAUUACAAGUAUUUCACCAUUAAUGUCAAGCCCGUGAAUUUGCCAAAAAGUGGCACAAUUGUAUUGUUUGACCGUAAGAAGCUGCGGAAUUUUCGGAAAGAUGGCCAUAACUGGAAGAAGAAAAAGGAUGGACGAACUGUUAAAGAAGCUCAUGAACACUUGAAAGUUGGUAACGACGAAAGGAUUCAUGUAUACUAUGCACACGGAGAAGAUAACCUGACUUUUGUUCGCAGAUGUUACUGGCUACUCGACAAGUCACUCGAACAUAUUGUCCUUGUUCAUUAUCGUGAAACUCAAGAGUUUCAGGGUUCUCCAGCCACACCUAUGAAUACCAAUUCUUCAUCCGUCUCUGACCCAUCUGCUCUUUGGCCUUUAGAAGAAUCUGAUUCCACAGUUGAUCGGGCAUAUGACAGCAGACCACAAUCAGUGAAUAAUGAGAGUAUGACUACUGAAAAUCAUGAACAGAGACUUCAUGAGAUAAAUACACUUGAAUGGGAUGAGCUUCUGGUGCCAAUUUCACCUCAAGAAGGGAAAACUUCAGACUUUGAUUUACAGAAUCAAUAUCAAAUGAGCAGUUUCAAAACUAAUAAUACAGUUCCUGGACUGAAGUCAGUGGGUGGACGUGAUUCUUUAGAUAAUCUGAGCCAAAAUGCUUUGCAAACACAGGAUAGUUUUGGAAGGUGGAUAAACUAUAUAAUUGCUGAUUCCCCAGGAUCAGUAGAUGAUCGAACUCUGGAAUCUUCAACUUCAGCUGGUUAUCAGCCCUUCACUCCUCCCACGUAUGAUAACCAUGGCUCGUCUGUUUUGGGGCAAAUAUUAAACAUAACAGAUGUCUCACCUGCGUGGGGUCUUUCAAAUGAAGAAACAAAGAUCUUAGUGGUUGGGUUUUUCCAUGAAGGACAAGUACCCAUCCCUGAGUCCAAUGUAUUCCUUGUCUGUGGAGAUUCUAUGGUCCCUGCAGUAGCUGUUCAAUCUGGAGUGUUUCGUUGUUCAAUUUUGCCUCAAUCUCCUGGAUCAGUGAAUCUGUACUUGAGUUUUGAUGGCCACACACCAAUUAGCCAAGUUUUGACCUUUGAGUUUCGUGCUCCUUUGGUGAAGAUGACUCCUCCAGAAAAUAAUUCUGAUUGGGAAAAAUCUCUAUUUCAGACGAGGCUGGCUUAUUUGCUGUUUUCAUCAUCCAAGAGCCUGAAUAUCGUUUCCAGUAGAGUAUCACAAAAUGCCUUAAAAGAAGCCAAAGAUUUUGCUCAGAAAAUGUAUAUUCUCUCUGAUAGUUGGAAAUAUUUGAUGGAAUCAAUUAAAAACACCAAAAUGCCUUUCCCUCAGGCAAAAGAUAGCUUGUUUGAGUUGACCUUGCAGAAUAGACUACAAGAAUGGUUGAUAGAAAAUGUAUUAGCAGGGAGCAAAAUUUCUGAACGUGAUGAACAGGGCCAAGGUGUAAUUCAUUUAUGUGCCAUUCUAGGUUAUACAUGGGCUGUUUAUCCGUUUUCAUGGUCCAGCCUGUCGUUGGAUUAUCGAGACAAAUUCGGAUGGACAGCUCUUCAUUGGGCUGCAUAUUAUGGAAGGGAGAAAAUGGUGGCAACACUUUUAUCUGCUGGGGCAAAGCCAAACUUAGUCACGGAUCCAACACCACAAAACCCUGGUGGACGUACUGCUGCCGAUCUUGCUUCUAUAAAUGGUCAUGAUGGAUUAGCAGCUUAUCUUGCUGAAAAGGGCUUAGUUGCACAUUUUAAGGAUAUGACAUUGGCUGGAAAUGUCAGUGGAUCGCUGCAAACCACAACAAAUGAUUCAGCGAACUCUGAAAAUUUUACGGAGGAGUUGUAUCUGAAGGAUACUCUGGCAGCUUACAGGACAGCUGCUGAUGCAGCUGCACGUAUUCAUGCUGCAUUUAGAGAGCACUCAUUCAAACUUCGGACGAAGGAAGUUCAAGCAUCCAAUUCGGAGAUUGAAGCACGCAACAUAGUUGCAGCAAUGAAGAUCCAGCACGCUUUCCGCAACUUUGACACACGUAAAAAGAUCAAAGCUGCUGCACAAAUCCAAUAUAGAUUCCGUACUUGGAAGAUACGAAAGGAUUUCAUUAACAUGCGUCGCCAGGCAACCAGAAUUCAAGCUGUUUUCCGGGGUUUCCAAGUCCGGAGGCAGUACCGUAAGAUUAUUUGGUCAGUCGGAAUCGUUGAAAAAGCAAUAUUACGUUGGCGUCUAAAAAGAAAGGGCUUCCGGGGGCUUCAGGUUCAAGCUGAUGCUGCCCCCAAUGAUCAGACUCAAGAUAGUGAUGCAGAGGAGGACUUCUUCAAAGCCAGCAGAAAACAAGCUGAGGAACGCAUUGAGAGAUCUGUAGUACGAGUACAGGCAAUGUUUCGUUCAAAGCAAGCACAAGAAGAAUAUCGUAGGAUGAAAUUGGCACAUAAUGAAGCAAAGCUCGAAUAUGAAGGACUUCUUGAUCCUGACACAGACAUGGGAUAA